CCGCAAGUCACCAUCUGAAGAAGAAGAAGAAGAAGAAGAAGAUAAAAAAAAUAGUAGAAGAAGAAGAACCAGGAGAAACGACACCAAACAUUUCUAACGGUUAAAGAUGACCACUUCGUGGAGUGACCGUCUGCAGAAAUAUGCAGACAUACCAGCCAACAUGGACGGCGUGGCCAUGAAGAAGUAUCGGCGUGAAGCUCACCACAGAGUGUUUGUCAACCGAAGCUUGGCCAUGGAGAAGAUCAAGUGUUUUGGUUUUGAUAUGGAUUACACUCUGGCAGUGUAUAAAUCUCCUGAGUACGAGUCGCUGGGCUUCGACUUGACGGUGGAGCGCCUGGUGUCCAUUGGAUAUCCUCAAGAGCUGCACAACUUUGUCUACGACCCCUCCUUCCCCACCAGAGGCCUGGUGUUCGACGCAAUGUAUGGAAACCUGCUCAAAGUGGAUUCAUACGGGAACAUCCUGGUGUGUGUGCACGGAUUCAACUUCGUGAGGGGACCCGACAUCAGAGAGAUGUACCCCAACAAGUUCAUUCAGCGUGGAGACACAGAGCGCUUCUACAUCCUCAACACACUGUUCAACCUGCCCGAAACCUACCUGUUUGCUUGCCUGGUGGAUUUCUUCAGUAACUGCUCCAGAUACUCAAGUUGUGAGACCGGCUUCAAAGACGGCGACCUUUUCAUGUCCUAUAAGAGCAUGUUCCAGGAUGUCAGAGACGGCGUGGACUGGGUUCAUUUCAAGGGGUCCUUAAAAGAAAAAACUGUUGAAAACCUGGAGAAGUAUGUGGUAAAGGAUCCAAAGCUUCCUCUCCUCCUCAGUCGCAUGAACGAAGUAGCCAAAGUGUUUCUGGCCACCAACAGUGAUUACAAAUACACAGAGAAAAUCAUGACAUACCUGUUUGACUUUCCUCACGGCCCGAAGCCGGGUAUGCCCCACCGGCCCUGGAAGUCCUACUUUGACCUGAUCUUGGUGGACGCUCGAAAGCCGGUGUUCUUUGGAGAGGGAACAGUGCUGCGGCAAGUGGACACUAUCACAGGUCGGUUGAAGAUUGGCACGUACACCGGACCUCUGCAGCAUGGUAUCGUCUACUCUGGAGGUUCUUCAGACAUGGUGUGUGACUUGCUGGGAGCCAAAGGGAAGGACAUCAUCUACAUCGGAGACCACAUUUUUGGUGACAUCCUCAAAUCCAAGAAGCGUCAGGGCUGGAGGACGUUCCUGGUGAUACCGGAGCUGGCCCAGGAGUUGCACGUGUGGACCGACAAGAGCUCCAUAUUUGAGGAACUUCAGUCUCUGGAGUGCUUCCUUGCAGAGCUUUACAAGCAUCUGGACAGCAGUAGCAAUGAGAGGCCGGACAUCAGCUCACUGCAGAGACGGAUUAAGAAAGUGACACACGACAUGGACAUGUGCUACGGCAUGAUGGGAAGUCUGUUCCGCAGUGGAUCCCGACAGACGCUGUUUGCCUCCCAGGUGAUGCGCUAUGCUGACCUGUACGCCGCCUCCUUCAUCAACCUGCUGUACUACCCCUUCAGCUAUUUGUUCAGAGCGGCACAUGUGCAGAUGCCCCACGAGUCAACGGUGGAACACGCCCACGUCAGUGUCAUCGACAUCGAGUCGCCGCUGGCCACGCGGAACCGCCACGACCUCGACCUCAAGGAGAUGGAGUGCAAACGGCACCAACUGACCCGGUCCGUCAGCGAGAUCCAGCCCCCCCACUUCUUCCCCCAGGCUCCACAGGAGAUCACCCACUGCCACGAUGAGGACGACGACGAAGAGGAGGAAGAGGAGUAAGAGGAGGAGGAGCAGGAGGAGGAGGCUUACUGUCGCAUCCAGUAUAUCCUGUUUUUUUGUGUUUUAAGCUGAUCUUUUUACUUUGUUUCAAAACUUCAGUCCGUUAGUCACAUCCGCCUGCUGAUUGGUUGAUUCCUUUUACAGAUAGAAGAAUCAUUUAGCUUAGCCUAUCAGGAACAAUGUACCCUAAAACUCUGUCAAACCGUUGAGACGGCCACUUCUGUCCAGACUUUGCAUUUUUUGGGACCAUAUUGUUUUAUGUCCCGUCAGUUUUUUAGAAUGACAAGAAUACUGGCCUAAUGUAGAGAUGCGAUGACGUGUUGAGAUAUUACAGAACAGCUAGAAGAAGAAACGUUUAUGUUAAAACAUCCAGGAUAAAUGUCUGGUGUUCUGAGAUGCUUUUUUUCUUCACUGGCUGUAGCCUCGACAGAGCUGACCAGAUGUCUGGAUCAUCAUCAACCUCUGUGUUAAAAAAAACAACAACUUUCAUCUCUUCUUUGGGGGUAUUUAAUAGGAAUUUGGGGAAAUGUAUGAACUAAACAACAGCACAUCUAAGGGCGGAUUUUUACUUGAAGAAAACUUGACUGCACUUAAGUUAGCGGCUGAAAGUAGAUUCAAUCAUAAAACGGUUCUAUUUUCUGUCAAUACGAGGGCUUGUAAUGACCUGCUGUGGUGAGGGGAAGGACAGGACACUGCUAGUAACUCCUGAGCUUAGAGGAACUUCUCCUACUUAUUUACCCAGUAAGUCCCCUCUCUGUGUUGUGAAAUUGGCGUCUCACCCUGAAGUCCUUACUGUAAAAUAUUCUCGUCUGCAUUACGCGUUUUAAAAAAGGUAAUGUAGAUAAUACACCCUGCCUUAUUCAUCUCGCUUUGAAUUGAUACUGUGAGUGUGUAUGAUAAUUAUUGCUUUCAUCAGAAGAAUGACAGGUGAAAGGUAUGGAAGGCCAUUUCUGACAGAUUCAAAUACUUCAGUAGGUUUAAAUGAAACUAUGUUUUGGUUUUUUUUAGGUGCAUAAUACGAGAUUGUCGGUAAUGCACGCUCACAUGCACCAACAUGCACUAACAUGCACUAAAAGAGUUACAACAAAUACACAGAGGUAGAGAGACCUCAAUCUCUGUUCAGGUAUUAAAUAGUUGUUUGUAUUAAUAUUAUAUGAAUACUCUGAAUGUUGUGUACUGCUUCUUUUAAGUGAAAGUCAAAUUUAUGAGAUAACAAAUUGUAACUACAAGAUAAGUCCAAAUUACUUUAAUUAUGCUAAUUACUGUCAUAAUUUUUACGCAAUAUUUCAUUAUUUUGAAUUACCAUGAGUGUUUGUAUUUUGUCCCUGGGUGCUUGCCGUCCUGACUGUCAUGGUCUUCCAUAGAGAGGUGAACCUGCUACUGAUCACUGUUCACACGCUGUUACUGAAUGUGAGAGGUGAAGACUGAGCCGUCACUGAGGGCCAACAGUCUCCACACAGAUACUGUAAUAUUUUAUUAAUAAUGUUUUUUGCGGUUGUUGUUUUUUUUCCUGGGGUAUUAUCAUGUCUUAUGUCCCUGUUUUAAUUUUAAGGACAUGUUUUACAUAAAAAAAUUCAGAUCUGCUGGAGUGAUCACAAAGUAUUGAUCCCUUGAAAAUGUGUCUGAUUGACAGAAGGCUGAUUUGUUCACUGAAUGUUUGAUUCUGCUGUUUGUGUGUUUGUUGAAGAGGCCUCACCUGUUUUAAGAGGGAGACAUAUUUUGAAUUGUUUAAAUUGUCCUGCUGACGGUUAUUUGUUUUUACCUUAUUUUAGCUCUGGAGCACCUUUUGUUGCUUAUCUGAUCAUUAUGGGAUGUUGGGAGGUACAAUAGACUGCGUUACUCUGCUGCUGUCGAAACACAAACAUUUCAGAGCAAGAAUCACCAACAGUUUCAGUUCUAACGUUUUAUAUUUAAUAUCACAAACUGUUAAGCAUGCCUGUGUUCGCUCCCAGCUUUUGAAGGCCAACCUAAACUUCAGACAUGCUCAAGUGUAAAGUGAACCAAAAAAAAACAUUUUUACCAGCAAUAGGUAAUGCAUGUGUUGAAGUUGCAUUUCUUUUCAGUUUUAUUUUAAAUGUUGGCUAAGUAUUGAAGACUGUUGAGAGCAGCAAUGCUGCGGUUGAGACGGUUUGAGUCACAAAUGAUGUUUGUAAUAAAUUUUCUGAUCG